AAGACGAGUCGGAGUCAGCAACUGAACAAGCACUAUCACUUUCGCAAGUCUUCGCGGUUCUGUAGUCAAGUCUUCUCUCAAGCUUGGAAAUUUUUGGCUUACCUUGUUUGACCCGUUCCAAUUUCCAAAUUCUUUCUCAUGUUCACACCAGAAACAGUAAGCAUAUCUCAAAGUGCGAAGUUUCCUGUGAGCUUCAUGCGUUUUCCUGCGUUGGGUUGUUCAAAAACCCAGUGUUUCUCAGGGUUUGUUCUGAGGAGGAUUAUGGUGCUAUGGAGUUUAUUAUUAUAGUUUGUGCUGUGCCUUGAAUUGGAUACCAAUUUCAGUGAGGUGUCUGGAUUACUUCUUCUUGGAUUGUGUUAGAAUCUUGGUGAAGAUGGUUGUUCUAAGUAGCCGGAUUUUCAGUUCUCAUAUUUUUGUUAACUUCAUGCUGCUGAUUAGUAUCGGGACAACCUAUGGGACUGAAACUGACAUCUUGUGCUUGAGAAACAUAAAAAAUUCCCUUCAAGACCCCAAUAAUUAUUUGCAAUCAUCUUGGAAUUUCAACAACAAUACUGAAGGGUUUAUCUGUAGAUUUAAUGGGGUUGAAUGUUGGCACCCUGAUGAGAACAGGGUUUUGAACCUCAAACUGUCCAAUAUGGGACUCAAGGGCCAGUUUCCUCGUGGCAUUGUAAAUUGCUCAAGCUUAACAGGCUUAGAUCUUUCGAAUAAUGGUCUUUCUGGAACCAUUCCAGUAGAUAUAAACACUCUUGUACCAUUUGUGACAGCUUUUGAUCUAUCUUCAAAUGAAUUGUCUGGGAAUAUACCUGUCAAUCUUGCAAAUUGUACCUAUCUUAAUACCCUGAAACUCGACCAGAAUCGACUCACAGGUCAAAUUCCUGCACAAUUGGGCCUUCUUCAACGACUCAAGACAUUUUCAGUAGCUAAGAAUCUUUUGACGGGACCAGUUCCGAACUUUCCCAGUGGCAAAGUUGACGUAAGCUAUGGAAAUAAUCAAGGCCUGUGUGGAGGUUCAUUGGGGAGUUGCCAGGACAGUGGUUCCUCCAAGAGUAACACUGCAGUUAUAGCUGGAGCAGCUGUUGGUGGGGUGACUCUUGCAGCAUUAGGAUUGGGUGUUGCAAUGUUCUUCUACGUGCGCCGUGUUUCGUACAGGAAGAAGGAAGUGGACCCUGAAGGCAACAGAUGGGCAAGAAGUCUAAAAGGAACUAAAGCAAUUAAGGUUUCUAUGUUUGAGGGAUCAAUUUCAAAAAUGAAAUUGAGUGAUCUCAUGAAGGCUACUAACAGCUUCAGCAACAACAAUAUCAUUGGGUCAGGAAGAACAGGAACUUUUUACAAAGCUUCUCUUGUUGAUGGCCCAACACUCAUGGUUAAGAGAUUGCAGGAAUCUCAGCACUCUGAGAAAGAAUUUAUGUCUGAGAUGCAAACAUUGGGGACUAUCAAACAUCGUAACCUGGUUCCUCUUUUAGGUUUUUGCAUGGCCAAAAAGGAGAGGCUGUUGGUCUAUAAAAACAUGCCGAAUGGCAACCUCCAUGAUCAACUACAUCCCGCUGCUGGUGAGUGCACCCUUGAUUGGCCUUUGAGACUGAAAAUUGCAAUUGGAGCAGCCAAAGGAUUAGCGUGGCUUCACCAUAGCUGCAAUCCCCGUAUUAUCCACCGAAACAUAAGCACCAAGUGCAUCUUGUUGGAUGCAGAUUUUGAGCCCAAAAUUUCUGAUUUUGGCCUUGCCAGAUUGAUGAACCCAGUCGAUACUCAUUUGAGUACUUUUGUCAACGGUGAGUUUGGGGAUUUAGGUUAUGUUGCUCCCGAGUAUGCAAAAACUCUGGUAGCGACACCUAAGGGGGAUGUUUUUAGCUUUGGAACCAUACUUCUUGAGUUGGUAACGGGUGAAAGACCUACAACUGUGUCUAAAGCUCCAGAAACUUUUAAAGGAAAUCUCGUAGAUUGGAUUACAGAGCUCUCAAGCAACUCACAACUCCAUGAUGCCAUUGAUGAAUCACUAGUCGGCAAGGGUGUUGAUAAUGAGCUUUUCCAAGUUUUGAAGGUUUCAUGCAACUGUGUUUUAUCAAUUCCAAAGGAGAGGCCCACCAUGUUUGAAGUAUAUCAGCUUUUAAGAGCUAUUGGGGGUGCAUACAAUUUCACAACUGAGGAUGAGAUAUUGUUACCGGAAGAUAUUGGUGAUACUGAAAACAUGGUGGAACUUAUUGUUGCUCGAGAAGGAAAUAACUGAAAAGGUAUGCCUAUAGGGUAUCUGUAAUCAGUUUUAAUAUGUAAUUAUCUAUAUCUUACUUUGUUGUCUUAAAAUAAAUUAGUGUUAUAAAUAGUUUUGAGGAUCUAGAUCAAGUUGUGUGCUAUUAUCUUUAAAUAUAAAUGUCAAUAUGAGAUAAUCAUAGAUUAUAUAUAGUUGGGUUACUUCUUUCUAA